GUUAACACAUAGUAAGACACAUUUUAUUAUUUUAUCACCUGAUAGCUACUGAAAUACAACAUGAAAAGAAUCAUAAUUUUUUCUAUAAUUUUUGUACUUUUGGUCUUGCAUCAAGUGUCUUGCGCUCGUGACGACAUAGAGGGCUACCGUAAUAGAUACCGGUCGUAUCCAAGACCGUCACGGCCAUCGCCCGGUGACAGGCAAUUUGGCGAAAACUACGGGUGGACGUACCAUCGCGGCGAGGGUUACUGGUAUCACCCAGAGUCCAUGUGGAGGUGGCGUCCAAAUAAUGGGUGGAGGCAAUACCCUCGGCGCAACAACAACAACAACAACCAUAAUUACAACAAUAAUUAUUAUCACCGUUGAAUAUAAUAUACUUAAACCGGCGUCUAUUUACCUAUAUAAGCCCCGUGGUCCCCACACAAAAAAAUAAUAUGCCUAGUGCUCCAUAAUAUAAUAUAUAUAUUUUUUUUUUCCAAUGGUUCUUUACUUCUGAAUCGUUUUUCGAACGCCAUAAAACGGCUCUGAAGUGUAUUUGAUUAUAAAUCACUAUUCUCCGGUAAACCUGCA